UACAGCAUCAUCAUUCCUGUUGUGUGCUCACUUGGAAUUCUGGGCAACAUUCUAAAUGUUAUCAUCUUCACAAAGAAAAAGAACACAGGGAUGCUGGAUGAAGUGGAAUAUUGUACAACGAUUUGUCUCGUAUCAUUAGCUAUCUCAGACAUGAUGUUUUGCAUCACAACUUUUCCUGUGGGAUUUCAAACUCUGGGUCAGAGCAAAUUCCAUCGAAGCAAUUUCAUGCUGUAUUACACUAUGUACAGUUCUGCAAUUAUCAGCAUGUUUAUUUUCAGUAGUACCAUGUUGACUGUGCUCACUGCUCUGAUGAGGUACCUAGCCAUCUGUCAUCCAUUCCGCUCCAGACAAUUUAUCUCCGUCAAAGCCACCAGCAUAGGAAUAUUUGUAGUAGCUCUAAUCUCUCUUGCGUUUAACCUUGUCUCCAUGUGGCAACACACAACAUUAGACUGCAUGGAAGAGGACUACACCAUCAUUGUGUUAAGCAGCUUAUUCACAAGUCCUUCUUUCCAGUAUACUCAGAAACUACUCUGGGCUGUUUUUGGAAACUUUAUUCCAUUAUCAAUCCUACUCUUCUGUAACAUUCAAUUAAUCAGAGCUUUGCGACAAAGUAGACAGCUGCGUCUGCUCCAUAGUCGGGAUGACACAUCCUGUUUAUCUGCUCAUCGAAGGAUCAACAUCACCCUCGUCACAAUCAUCAUUUUCUUCUUCAUCUUAGUAGCCCCUUCAGAAAUCACCAAAUUCAUCUUUCUCCUAAAUAAUGAGAAAGGGUUUAACUAUGCUGUUGUGUCGUACAUCACAAACCUGCUGCAGUGUAUCAACUUUUCCGUGAACUUUGUGUUGUAUUACGUCAUUAUCGCUCCAUUUCGCCACACUUUGCAUGAAUUUCUCUGCACGUUCCCUCGUGUGAUACGUAAUAUGGAGAAUCGUGAGAGGUCCUCUGCUAACAGCGGCAAACAGCCACAAACAGUCAUGCUCCUCUCCAUGAAAGAAAAACACCACAUUUAGAUCUAUCAAUUCAGUACAGGACUUUAUGCUGGAAAUUCUAGGAUAAUCAGAUUUAAAUGUGUACUUUAAAAUGAAUAUAGUGGUAAAUGAAGAACUUCAAAUCUUCCAUCCCUGGAGUGGUCAACAAAGGACUUCAAAUCUUCCAUCCCUGGAGUGGUCAACAAAGGACUUCAAAUCUUCCAUCCCUGGGGUGGUCAACAAAAGACUUCAAAUCUUCCAUCCCUGGAGUAGUCAACAAAGGACUUCAAAUCUUCCAUCCCUGGAGUGGUCAACAAAGGACUUCAAAUCUUCCAUCCCUAGAGUGGUCAAUAUAGUACUCUAUCCAAUGGGGGUUAUGAACUAAUUAAUUCAUGGUGGUAGUACACACUAAAAGCUCUAUGAAAUGAUCAUUUCAUGAACCUUCUAACACUUUCAUGUAUGGCUCAGUGACAAUUUAUCAAUGUGUAGUGGUCAGUUUGUCAACCUUCCAACACCUUCAUGUAUAGCUCAGAGACAAUACACCAAUGUGCAAUGGUCAGUCCAUGAACUUUCCAACACCUUCACAUGUAAUUGAGACAAUAUAUCAAUAUGUUGUGAUCCAAGUUCGUCAACCUUCCAAUGCCUUCACAUAUAGUAGAAACACUACUAUAUCAAUACGUAGUAGUCAUUUUGUGAACCUUCCAACUCCAUGUAUACAUGUAUAGUUGUGACAGUAAUACCAAUGUACAAUAUCAAGUUCAUCAGCCUUCCUAUGCCCUCACAUAUAGUUGAAAACUAGAGAUUGUUUUUUAUGAAAAACAAAUGUCUCCUCAGCUUCCCAAAAUUGGUAGUGCUCCAAAUGAAACCUCCUCUCCCUUUAAUGUACUGCAUGGUAUAGAGGACAAAGCAUGAACAGCAACAUAGACAUUAUGAACUCCCAUAAGCCACAUAGGAGAAUUGUUCACAAACUAUUUUACACCCUCCACAGAUCCACUAUAAAUUUAAGGACAACAAUUGGAUCCUCCUGUCCCUGCACAUUGUAUAUCUACAAAUGGCAUUGAAGUAUCAUACAAAAUUUCAAGUCUAUCAGACAAGCCAUAUAGAAGAAGAAGCAUUCGCAAACUAUUUUAACAUCCUCCACCCCUCUUAAAUCCACUAUAACUUUUAGAAAAAUAAUUGGAUCCUCCUGUCUCGACAAUAUGCACAUUUACAAAUGGCAAUGAAGAAUUGUACGAAAAUUCAAAUCUAUCUGAUGAGCCAUAUAGGAGGAAAAGUGUUCACAAGCUAUUUUACAUCCUCCACUCCUCUUAGAUCCACCAUAACUUUUAGGAAAAUAAUUGGAUCCUCCUGUCCCAACAGUAUGCACAUCUAUAAAUGGCAAUGAAGCAUUGUACAAAGUUUCAAGUCUAUCUGAUAAGCCAUAUAGGAGGAAAAAGCGUUCACAAGAUUUUUGUAACGGACAGACGGAAAAUACAAAAACAAUGUCUCACCCUGAAAGAAGGGAGACAUAAAUAUACCACUACAUCUCAUGGUCAGUUUGUCAACCUUUUAACGCCUUCAGGUUUAGUUGAGACAAUAUACCAAUGUGUAGUGGCCAGUUUGUGAACCUUCUAAUGCCCUCAUGUAAAAAUAGAGCUACACAACUUUACUAUUAUAUAUGAAAAUGGGAGGUCGAGUAAGAUAAGCUAUAUUAUCUAUUAAACAGAAAUACUUACUGAAACAAGAGGCCCACAAGCCCAAUUGAUCAACUGAGUAUUAUUUAAGGAGGUACUCAACAUCGUCAUAAUGGCCAUCAUUCAAUACCCAUGGGUGAUCUCGUCUUUACUCAUUAUCCGUGGGCAAACUCGCCGGAAAAUUAUCGUAAUAUUAAUAUGCACAGGCCAUUUGAUUGGCUGCUGCACAGAGUCAUGAUGGCAAAUCAACGAAUCAAAGUUUGUUACAUGUAUGUUCGGCAAUGACAAAAACUUUUCCUUAGUUAACACACCAAUUGCAAAUAAAUCACUCACUGGUGCAUUUCGCAGUUAGAGAAAGGUACUCCCAUAUAAUUUUUGACUGCAUGGUAUUUGAUGCAAGUGACCUGUGUGACUCGUCUUUAAUCAUUUUAAAACAAAAUUUGCACGUUUUAACUGGCGUCAAGAUAUUUAGCAUAAAUAGCAUGCAAACUAAUAAACAUAUUUUCAACAUGGAAGAGUUCCAACUUUCUGAUUGGUUGUCUAUAUCAACAAAUUAGCAUAUUUUACGACAAUAUUUCGGUGAGUUUGCCCACGGGUGAUGAGUAAAAAUCCGACGAUGCAUAUAAUGGCUGAAUUCCUUUAAAAACAUGGAGGAACAAGAUGUGUUUGUGAAACACAAAUGCCCCCGAUAAUGGCCAAUUCCAAAGAUGGCCAAGGUCACAAGGACAAAUAUCUUGGUACCAAUAGAAAGAUCCUGUCACAAGAAAUGCUCAUGUACAAUAUGAAAGCUCUAAUAUUUACCAUUUAGAAUCUUCUCAAGAACCACUGGACCAGAAAAGUUUACAUGUACAUGAAAGCUUCCUAACAUAGUGCAAGUAUAAACAUGCACCCACAAUUUUACACCAAGACUCAUGAUUGUAGAAACAUCUGAGUUCACACCAAAAUUGAAAUACUCAUGAUUAAUUAGACACUAGCAAUUUCACACCGAAACUCAUGAUUAUAGACAGUAGUGAUUUCACAAUGAAUGGUGAUGUCAUUAAUUAAAGUAUUCAAAUAAAAUAAAAACUACAGUGCAUACCAUAUUUUGACCAAUGUAUAGGGAUACCUGGAUCGUACUAUGCGGUAGUUGUGUCAUCCUAUCAUUACUUCAGUGGCAACACUUCGUGUGUGUCUAUAUUUUUGUAUGUACAUGUAUCAUAUUUCUUUAUUCAAAUUCUACUUUUUAGCAUAUCAAACAUUUGCAGUGUAUUAUAUAAGUACCACAUUUUGUGAUCUUGUCAAUCAUGUUAGAAUCAUUCAAUUUUGUCAAAAUCAUUUCUAAAUAUUAUAUGGUUUUGCAUUCUUGCUAUUGUGACUAUUAAUUAAAGCAGAACUGUUACAA